AUGUUCGACGAUUGCAUAUUCCUCUCGUUACGUUUCCCGAAAAAGCUCUGGCGGAUCGUGAACGAGUGCGACACUGGCGCUAUUCGAUGGAGUUUGGGCGGCAACACCAUUCUGCUCGACUACAAGAAAUUCCAAGAACAAUACCUUGGCGCUGGCAAUUCCAUCUUCAAAACGAAAAAUAUAACGAGCUUCAUCAGACAGCUGAACCUGUACGGGUUUCGUAAGGUGACGUCGCACAAUCAGGACCCGAUCUGCAAUUCCCGUAACCCGGAUGUCCAUGAAUUCAUGCACGAAAACUUUCGUACUGGCCGACCGGAUCUGUUAUCGAGGGUGUAUCGAAAAACCGCUGGGAAGUUGAAACAUUGUCGACGCAUCAAUCUGACGACCGUCACGGAACCGGACAGUCUGACCAAGGACAAUGAUCGCGUUUCGCGUUUACACAUGUGCCGGGUAAAUAAGCUACUUUUACAACUUGUCCUUUCGAAUUAUAUUGCAUAA